AUGGAGGCCGACCUGAAAACGUCAGACCGCGACACCUCGCAGCUGUCCGACCCCCCCAGCGACCUUGACAGCUCCUCGGACGGCGCCUCCCCGGCCCAGCAGACGGAAUGGCUCGCCACGACGCGCACGCGCCGCUCGACUGCCGGCAACCGCAUGAAGUCGAUGCUCGCCAGCCAAGACCCCGACUCUGACCUGGAGCUGCUGUUUGCCGAGGACGAAAACGACCAGGGCUUCUCUGACGCCGGCUCCGACGGCUCCGACGUGCAGAUGGAAUCUUCGUCGGACGACGACGCCGACGCCGACGCCGACGCCGACGACCUCGACGGCGAAAAGGAGCUGGAGCGGCAGGCCCGAGAGCAGCGGGCUGCGCGACGCAAGAGAAGCGCGCGCGAAGCCAUCCCCGCCCGGUUCAGGAAACGCCCCGCGCAGGCCGGCCCGGCGACGGCGGCGACGGCGGCGGCGGAGGCGGCGCCAGCACCGGCCCCGCGGCCCAAGAAGAAGAAGAAGAAGAAGAAGAAGUCGGAGCGGACGUCGUGGCUGCCGUCGCCGGCGGACCUGCCCACGCGCGCGUCGGCGCGGAAGACGACGCGCAUCUCCAAGGAGCAGCUGCACCAGCAGAUGGCGGAGCGCGAGGCCCGCAGGCUGCGGCAGCUGGCGCAGAUGGCCAAGAAGGCGGCGCGGCUCGAGGCCACGAGGAAGCCGCCCAUGACGCAGGAGCAGCGGCUGGCCGAGGCGGCCGUCGUGGAGACGCGCAACAGCAGGAGCCUCAACCGGUGGGAGGAGGCGGAGAAGCAGCGCGAGGAGGAGCGGAGGGCCCGGCUGGCCGCGCUGAGCCGGCGCACCCUCAGGGGGCCCGUCAUCACGUUCUGGAGCGGCAGGGGCCGGUGGGCCGACGCGGACCUGCGCGCGCUGCGCCCGUUUGCGACGGAGGUGGAGGAGCGGCCCAGGAAGAAGCGCGACAAGGCGGCCGACAGGGGGGCCGCCAAGGGCGCAAAACAAGCCAAGCUUGUAUCGGGGGCCGGCGGGAACCAGGCCAAGGACGACGACGCGGCAGCGGCGGCGGGCCGAGGCGGUGCCGGUUGCACAGAAGAGAACCCGUCGCUUCUCGUCCCGGCGCAAGGAAGCGUUCCUUUGGGGGCCACGGCGUCGACGGGCCCGUCGUCACGCAGCAGAGAAUCGUCAGACGGCGACGGUGGAGCAGCAAGAGAGAGGAAGGCUGUCGAGGCGGCGAAAGCACGUCCAGCCCCCGAGCGCGACGCGGACGCGGACUCGGACUCGGACCCGGACCCGGACCCGGACUCUUGGACGGCAACCUCGCCGCCGCCGCCGCCGCCGCCGCGCGAACCAGCCGCCCGGGUGCUCGCUCCGCCGCGCGGGAUCGCAACCAACGCCGCCUCCUCCUCCUCCUGGCCGCCUGCGCCGACGCCCAUGUCGAGCAUCCUGGCCCCGCCCCCCAUCAGCAUCAGCAUCAGCACCACCAUCAGCCUGGCAGACGCGACGCCCUCGCAGCCAAGCGCCUCUCCUCCGCCCGCAGCCCCCACGCCAGUAGACCUCGACCGAAACCCGGCCUCCACGCACCAGCAGCACCAGCAGCCCGUUGCGGCCGAGCCGACCAGCCCGCCCCGGCCCAGCCAAGCCGGCACCCACGCGCCCGAACCCGACGCCCAGGCCACCCGCAACGCCGUCAUCCUGCACAACUUCAACGACGCCGCGCUGCGCGACAAGACCGUCCAGACGCAGAUCCUGUUUGGGCGCAAAAUGGCAAAACUACCCAAGCCAGCCCCGGCGCCCGUCUGCGUCAUCACAAACCACCCCGCGCGGUACCGGGACCCGCGAACCGGCCUCCCGUUCUACAACAUGCACGCCUACAAGGAGCUGCAGCGCCUGCGGCGCGGCGAGUACAGCUGGAGCGGGCUGCUGGGCGCCUGGGUCGGCGACACGACGCAAGCUGCGCGGGGGGUGCCCGAGCGGUUUGCUGCCAGCCACCCCCGGGGUUAA